CAAGAAAUACGAAUUUAUAUGCAUCCAAAGAGAAUUUGUUCAAAAUGUUACGACAUUGCACCCGGUUCGGAAUUCAAAAUAUAAAAUUCAUUUCAAAUGAAUGGACGGUACGUGGCAUGGCUGGCCAUUCAAAAUGGGCGAACAUAAAGCACAUCAAGGCGCAAAAAGAUGGAUUGCGAGCGGCGCUUUUCACAAAGAUUGCCCGACAAAUCCGCCUGGCUGUGCAGGAGGGCAAAUCUGGUGAUCCGGCUGUAAAUUCUCUGCUCCGAUCGGAAAUUGAUAAUGCGCUGAAGAAGAAUAUGCCGAUUGGAACGAUACAGAAUACGAUCAAGAAGUGUCAGCACAACAAAGCGCAGCUGAAAAAGCAUCGAAUGGACAUACGAUUCAGGAGGAAUGUAUAUAUGAUCUGUUGCAUAUAUAGUGAUAAUCUGCAGGGUCUCAAAAUGGAUGCAACGCCAAUGAUUAAAAAAGCUGGCGGUGUCCUUGUGGAUGUUAGCCAUAUGUUCGAAGAUUUCGGCCUAAUCGAGACGCGUUACGAUCCCACAGCAUUGGCCAAAGAUGGCUGCAGUUUGGAGGAGAAGGCCACUGAGGAUGCCAUUCAAUUUGGCGCCGAAGAAGUGGAAAUUGUCGAUUCCGAGAAUGCGACAGUGAAUUUUAUUUGCAGUCCAAUUGUAUUGAGUGGGCUCAGUAAGACAUUGGCACAAAAUGGUUACACGAUUGAAAAUAGCGAGCAUAUUUUCACACCAAAUAAUCUAGUCCAGUUGAGUGAAGAGGAUCACAAGGCGUAUAAUGUGUUUGUGCAAAAGCUACGAGAUGUGCCUGGCAUGGAGGACAUCUAUGACAAUGUGGAAUAAAGUCGUUUUAUAUAUAUAUAUAUAUAUAAUGUUUAUUGUACUUUCAUACUUGUAAAUAUUCUAUGAUUCAAAUUACAUGUGUGUGUUUUGCUGUGUUUGCUUUUAAGAUUGUGAUGAUGCCUGUAUAAUAAAAUUUAAAAG